CCCCUUCCCUCAGCAGCCGGGGCCGGGCGCCGCCAUGUCGCGGUCCGCCGCGGCUGCGCGCCGGCCGCCUCCUUUCGCUUCUCCGCCACGGUUCCGCCUCCCUUUUCCCUACAGCGGAGGCGGAGGGAGGAAAGCCGGGAGCGGGGAGCUUCCCGGGGCCGGGGCGCUUCCCCUCGCCGGGGUAUGCGAGAGCGCUGCCGGCCGCGGGGCCGACGAGAGGCGGGCGGGGAGGCGGCGGCGGCGGCGCCCCUGAGGGAGCAGCGCGGCGCCCCGGCGGGCGGCGGCAGGCGGGCGAUGGAGGAAGGGGCAGCAGACCUGCGACAGAGGAGGAAACAAAACUGCACAGAAUCUGACAAAAUGGCUCCAGAGGAGAGAAACAAAGAAAACUCGAAGCUGGGAAGAUCGCCAAAAUAUUUGUUAAUUCAACGGUUUGCGAAACUUUUCUUUGGCUGUCUCGCGGCGGUCACCAGCGGCAUGAUGUACGCUGUGUACCUCUCAACGUACCACGAACGGAAAUUCUGGUUUUCCAGCAGGCAGGAACUUGAACGAGAAAUUACAUUUCAGGGUGACAGCGCCAUUUAUUACUCAUUCUAUAAAGAACUGCUAAAGGCUCCUUCCUUUGAAAGAGGUGUUUAUGAGCUGACACACAACAAUAAGACAAUAUCGCUGAAGACGAUAAAUGCAGUCCAGCAAAUGACUUUGUACCCAGAAUUGAUUGCCAGCGUGUUGUAUCAAGCAUCUGGUAGUGAAUUCCAAUUGUGCAGGCGCCGUCGAGUCAUUCCACGAGAAGAUCCCGCUGCUGUUCUGUCCUGUGCUUCCCAGCCAUCUUUAAUCCCUCGUUUUGCUGGGGAGAAUUUUCCCCAUAGGCCAAGUAUCUGCUGCUGCACUGCUUUGGAUUCGGAGACAGAUACAACAAGAAUUGAUUACUCCAUACCGUCAAGGGAAAAUUGGGCUUUGCCAUAUUUUGCAUGUCAAGUAGCAGCUCUCACAGGCUAUUUAAAAAAAAACCUAAAUUGUUCUGCAGAGAAAUUUUGUUACCUUUUGGUGAGCGCUUCAACAUACACCUUCAUGAUGAUGUGGGAGUACAGUCAUUAUCUCCUGUUUGUCCAGGCCGUGUCUCUUUUUCUGCUAGACAGCUUUGCUCUAGCACAGACAGAAAAGGUGCAUGAAGUAUACAAAAUCUACCUGUUCUCUCUCCUCUUGGGCUACCUAUUGCAGUUUGAAAAUUCAGCCUUACUAGUGUCGCCGCUACUAAGUCUUGUAGCAGCUCUAAUGCUCUCUAAAUGCCUUCAGAUGAAUAUGAAGAAAGGUACAUUUUUGUCAAGAUUGCUGAAAAUCAUGUACAUUUAUUUGGUACUCACAAUAACACUGACGCUAAACUUCUUAUUAAAGAUGUUUGUUCCUCAUAAAGAAAACGAGCAUUUGCUGAAAUUCCUUGAAGUAAAACUUGGCUUAAACACAACUAAGAAUUUUACAAUGAAUUGGCUCCUUUGUCAAGAAUCUCUUCAGGCACCCUCCCAAGACUUUUUUUUGCGGCUAACGCAGUCAUCACUGUUGCCUUUCUAUAUUUUAGUAUUAAUUAUCUGCCUUUUUUCUGUAACUCAGGUCAUUUUUAGGAGAAUUUGUGGUGAACCACUGAAAGAGACAGUUAAACUUGAGGAUGGUCGAAUUGGAGAGAGGCCAGAAAUAGUUUAUCAUGUAAUUCACACAAUUUUACUUGGUUCUCUAGCGAUGUGUUUGGAAGGAAUGAAAUAUCUCUGGACUCCGUAUGUUUGCAUGCUUGCUGCGUUUGGUGUGUGCUCUCCCGAACUUUGGAUGACGCUCUUCAAGUGGCUUCGUCUGAAAGCUGUGCACCCGAUACUGCUGGCUCUCAUUCUGAGUAUGGCAGUUCCCACAAUAAUUGGAUUCAGCUUGUGGAAAGAGUUUUUCCCUAGGAUAAUGUCAGAGCUUUCAGAAAUACAAGAAUUUUAUGAUCCUGAUACAGUAGAGCUCAUGACAUGGAUAAAAAGGCAGGCUCCUGUGGCUGCUGUGUUUGCAGGCAGCCCGCAGUUAAUGGGAGUGAUUAAGCUCUGUACUGGAUGGAUGGUGUCGAGCUUGCCUAUAUAUAAUGAUGAUGAUCUUCUAAAAAGAAAUGAAAACAUUUAUCAGAUAUAUUCAAAGAGGUCAGCGGAGGAUAUUUAUAAGAUACUCACAUCUUACAAAGCCAAUUUUCUGAUUAUUGAAGAUUCAAUUUGCAAUGAAGUGGGACCUGUAAGAGGAUGCAGAGUUAAAGAUCUGCUGGAUAUUGCUAACGGUCAUGUGGUUUGUGAGGAGGGUGACAGUUAUGCCUACUCAAAAUAUGGACGAUUUUGUCAUGAAAUCAAAAUGAACUAUUCUCCAUAUGUGAAUUAUUUUACUCGGGUAUACUGGAAUAGAUCCUACUUCGUGUACAGAAUCAACACUGUGAUAUCCUUCCAGUCAUGAAAAAGCACGCAAGCUUCUUUCUGAGGACUGAUUAUGAAUGGGACUCAGUUGGAAAAGUUCCUUUUGAUCAAGGAAGUUAUUUUUGCAGUUACAUGUGGGCACAAACAGUGUAUUGACGCCUUUAUUUUACCAAACUGGAACUGUUUCAACUACAGACCAACAGAUACAGAUAACCAUCCUUGAAGAAAACAGGAAAAAUUGUCGAAUUUUACAGGCUCUACAUGGACGUGUGACAGUCUUCCUUGUUCUUGCAUUUGUCUUCCCAUUAUAAAUCACCUUAAUCUUCAUCUAACUGAGAUUUCUGACUGUAGUGUUAGACGGUUGAUGUGGGUAGACUUUGGAAAAUGCAGAAAAGUGAUGUUGAAGACCUCAUUUAAGUCAUAUAUCUUUUAUUGUCUAGCAAGAAAGCAGUUGGUAUCCUGAGUCUUCAAGUAAGUGUUUGGGUUUGUUUGUUUUUUAUUUUCUUUUGUUAGUUUGUUUUUGUUUUGGUUUUUUUUAUUCUUCGUUUUUCUCACUGUAAGCAUUGCUAUAUUUAUCAGACUGCAUUCAUACAUCUUAUGUGUAGGUACAGCAUUUGUAUCACUCGAAUAAGGAAGAUUUUAUUUAAACAACACCUGCAUAGGUUAAGGCACUGAUCUUUGUCUUGUUGGAGACGUGUUGGUGGAAGCGCUUGGGUUUAGACCUAGCUGGAGAGGUUGACAAAGGCAGAUCUUCAGUUUGGAAAGAACUCAUCUUCAGGAUUU